AUGAGGACUGACGUACAUCAUGCGACAGAGGCGACCAGGCGGAAACACGUCUGGAAGCCAUUCUCCGUCCGUAUCGAGCAAACAAGCAUCGAUGUCGCACAUCGGAUCACCAGAACACCGCUGGACGAGGCCGAGACAGGGUCUUACUUCGCGGCUGGUCUCGAGAAAUGGACGGAGCUUAAUCUAACGAUUCCAUUUGUUGAAUUUCUCAAAGAGGUUGAAUCAAAAGCACAAAGUCUACCGCAGAUUGUGCAUCAUCAGGCGGAGAUUCUCGAUGUCUUACUAAAGGCCAUCGCCAAGCAAGAUGCGCUCGCACUUGAUGCCCUCCUUGAUUUGCUGGUCCAAUUGAUUCGCGACCUUGGGAGCGACUUUGAGCCAUGUGUUGCUCGCACAUUGGAUGUUCUCCUGAUGCUUGCCAAGCACAAAGAGGUGGAAGUAAUCGAAAUGGCAUUCAACACGAUGGCCUAUCUUUUCAAGUACUUGAAUCGAGUCUUGUCGACCAAUCUCAUUCCUGUUUACACACAAAUCGCUGGGCUGCUCAGUCAAACCGAACAACAGAAGCCCUACAUCACUCGAUUCGCCGCCGAGUCUCUCUCUUUUCUUCUCAGACGCACAAAAGGCGGACAUCAGAGCGAUGUGAUUGCAUACAUUCUCGAUGAUGUGCAGCACACUGGAUCAAUUGCUUAUCUAGAAGGUGUCUGCGUCAUGUUCACGGAGGCGAUAAAGGGCGUCGAGCAUGCCAUUCAUGCUCGUGGGCUUUUACUGCUGCAAUCCAUUGUUGCUUAUACUACAGAGGUUGCUGAGCGCAUGUUUGAAGGGAGCAGUUCCGAAACAGUGUGUUUGAACAUCACAACCAGCUUGCUCCACCACAGUAUGCGAGAUACAUUUGCCCCAAUCUUGGAGUUUUAUCAAAGUCUCUCAAGUCCUUCAAAAGAUGCGUUGUACGCACAUAGGGUCGACUUUUCUUUCCGGCUGCUUUAUGUCUGUUGUGCAGUCCGCAAAGGCACGCGAAUUACGGAUUGGCCAGCAUUGUUGCAAUUGGUCAAGAAAUACUUUGAUGUAUGCGAUUCGUCUUGGAAUGCAGCUCGAUUGGCGAGUGUGCUCUUCACUUAUACACCGCUAGAGCUACUCGUUGCGCCCGCAAACGCUAUCGUGCAGCAAAUCUCAGGAAAUACCAUGGAUUUACUUGCGUUCAGCAUUGUCAUGGCAAAGCAGAGGCUAGAUGUCUUUGAGGCCUUCGUCUUGCCAAAGUAUCAGCAGUCAGUCAAUGACAAUUGGUCGAAUUGUCAGCCGGAAAUUGUGCAAAGCUUAAUACAGCUGAACAAGCUAGAUGCACUUACCGUUGGGUCGUCUGCGUUACGAGAUGGCAAGCUGCGUUUCAAUGCAGGAGUCAUGCAAUCAAUCGCUGACCAACUCGAUGCAGCCCGAAUCACGCAGCAAUCGAAAGUCUCCCUUCGCGCGCUUGUUGACGUCUCUAAUCUCUUGUCGUCGGCAAAGGAUAUGACGAGCCAUCUCUUGUCUCUACUCAGCCGCACACUAGAGGCUAAUCAUCCUGGUUCGCACUACAAUCUCCUUAUUGGCAGCAUUCUUGCACAGCUUGCUCAAGGGCCAAUGCUGCCGGUCGACUCUGUCAAGGCACUGCAACAUUGCCACAGUGUUUGGAGGUCUGCUGCCUCGCUGCGUGGCGUCGCAAUGCUUACAGCUCGGCAGAAGCUCAAGUUGAGUUCCGGUGAACCAGCUAUUGAGAUGCUCAUCCAAAAUUUGGCUUUGCCGGGACAUGAAAGACGUUUGUACUCGUUACAAGUUCUUUCGGCAUUGGAUUUCAAUGAGCUUGAUCGAGAUUUAGUGUCUGUCUGUGAAAUCAUCGAAUCGACCGACCUGACCAUUGAUGCGACACGCGCUCUAGGCUUACAGAUACGAAAGCUCACGCAAAAUUAUCCCCUCGUCAAGAGUGGCGUCUUGAGACGCGUCAUUCAAGGGCUAUGCAUGGGCUUGUUGACCACCAAUUAUACACCAUUUUGGGACAUGUGCAGCGAUACUCUGGCUUCUAUCGCCCAGCAUGAACCAGAUGUAAUCUGGGCUGCAGCCAAGUCUUGGUUUGACGAACCACGUUUCCCGACUGGCGACCCGGAAACCUGUGAUAUCACUGAUGAAGCCGAUCAGAAGAUCGCAGAGGCGUCAACUGAUGCAUUCCGCUGCUUCAACACUGCUGCCCUGCGGCAAAAUUGUGUUUCCUCCCGACAAGCAGUUUUGCAAGUGGAUUCGGCCAAUGCAAAGGACUACAAGCGCGACAUGACAAUGGACGAUGCAACGGCUACUGUCAGCAAGCGAUCACAAGCUAUUCGUGUUUUUGGCAAGGUCCCCGAACUUGCUGAGCGUCACGCACGUGAGCUUGUUCCAGUAUUUUUAGAGCAGCUGGGCCGAUUUGAGGAUGAAGACGAAGACCACGCUAUGACGGAGCGAUUCUCGAGAAAAGAACGUGUGGAAUUCCUUGCACUCUUCACCAAAUUCAACAACCCGGCGGCCUUUCCCCAAGUAAGCAAAUUUCGAUCAAUUAUCAUGGACCUGCUGUCUUCGGGCGAUUCACGAGUCCAAAUGCAAGCAUUCACCAUUCUCAUGCAUUUCAGGGACGCACAUCUUCGCAAGUACGAAGACAACUUGAAGAAUCUGCUCAGCGAACAGCGUUCCAGGGAUGAAAUUGUCACGUUCUUGCAAACAGACGCCGACGAAACGAUGAUUGAGUCGGAUCACCGACCUGAAGUAAUCCCAGUCGUUGCACGCAUCUUGUACGGCAAGAUGAUUACACGUCGUCAUGCGAAUUCGCAAAAGAAGGGCCUAGGCAACUCGCGUACGAUUGUUCUCAGCGCCAUUGCUAGUAUGCCACCGCAGGAUCUGGGCAUCUUUCUUCAGCUCUUCCUGAAGAGCUUCACAGGCGUUGCUCUUGUUGACAAGACCCGACCAGACUAUGUGAUCCUCGCUGGCGAGGAUGUGCCUUUGCGCAAGCAGCUUGGUUAUUGUACAAUGAUGGAGGACACCCUUGAGCAGCUUGCCGGCAAAAUUCUUCCAUACGUCGAAGGGUCACUCGAUGCGCUGCUCUAUUGCUUCGUCUCUGCGACACAGACAAUCGAGACUUUGAUGGACACUCCAGAUGCAGAAAUUAAAAUUAAGGCUGCUCGAUCUAUUCGUCAUUCAGUCUACCACACUCUCAACCUCAUGUUCACUUACUGCAGAGACUUUACUUGGCAACCUUACAUGAAGGCCAUCUUCCAGCACUUUGUGGACCCUCGCUUGGAAAAGCUGCCGAAUGAGUCUUCUCAAAAUCCUUCCGGUGUGCUAAAGCUUCUUGGCAACUGGGCUUCAUCGCCAAAGACAUCUCCAUUCCUUGUCCAGUACAACCAGCAAGCUCUCCAGAGUGUUUAUCAGACACUGACAGAAAAAACGCUCAAAGACUCUGUUGCUAUCUUUGUGCUUAAUUUGGUUCAGGACCUUUUGGACCAGCAAAGUUCUGAUCUUUCCGCGCCUAUCAAAGACCAGUUGAUCAAGGACAAGGUUCCCCUGUUCUUGGAUUGCAUGACGAUACUGCUUCAGAAUCAGCAAUUCGCCAGCACAAAUAACACCAUCAAUGCCGACUUUCUCAAUCUGGAAAUCCAGGUUUUGUCUGGAAUCUCAGCUCAUGUUCAAGAUGGCGCAAGCGUGCAAAAGCUUUUGGAUCUUUUGAUGCCUUUGCUGCAAAAGCCAAACAAGGUGGUGCAAGAAUCAGUCAAGGAAGACAUUUUGUCUAUUGUGGCCAAUUUUCUUCCGUUGAGCGACGACUUUGUCAACGACUCGCCCUCGCUGUGGAGCAAGUUCAAUGCUAUUGGGUCUCUGUUUGCAGCUCUAUCCUCACGAAGUGCACGAGCAUCGCUCGUCCAGAUUGUCCAGCUCUUUGCACAAAAGGAUCAAUCUUUGGUGUUGAUGGCCUCCAUCUUAGAGGAACUGAAUGCAUUCUCCAAACGUCGGCUCGACACACCAGACUUUGAUCGACGACUGGCGGCCUUUGCAAGGCUCAACGAGGAGCAAUACAUGCAAAUCUCUGUUCGCGCUUGGCGUCCCUUGCUCUACAAUAUGAUCUUCUUUAUCGGCGACGAAGAAGAAUUGGCCAUUCGUACUAACGCUGCAUACACCGUUCGUCGACUAUUAGAGCGUGUUCGUGAAGCGGAUGACAAGUCGUCCUUGCUACCCCUGCUCGAGACGGAUCUUUACCCAGCAAUGAAAAAAGGUAUGCGACACAAGACGGAACUCAUUCGACAAGAAUGGGUCGGCCUGUUGGGCACGCUUGUCAAGGAAUGUAGUUUCUGGCCCACGGUUGCUGAUCUAGAACCUCUCCUUGUCGGCAACGACGAAGAAGCUUCCUUCUUUGCCAACAUCCUCCACAUUCAGCAGCAUCGUCGCAUGCGUGCGCUGCGUCGUCUUGCGAAUAUAUCCACAACUCAUGAAAUCCAGAGCAACAAUAUCGCACAGCUGAUUUUGCCGCUGAUUGAACACUACUGCUUCAUGCCAAAGGAAGAAAGUCACAAUCUUGUUGCCGAAACGAUCAAGGCGGUUGGUGUGCUCAGUCGAUCACUCAAGUUUAAUCAAUACUCGGCCCUCCUCAAGCGUUAUAUCGGACUUCUUCGUCCUGACGAGAAGACUCAAGCGAUAGUUGUACGGCUAGUUGCUGCUGUUGUGGAUGCGCUGGUUGGCAAAGUACAGGUAUCUACAGAGCUGGUCGAUCACUUGCAAGAUAGCGAAGAUGAAGAGAUGAAUGACGCUGCGCCAAAUGGACAGAAAGUUGCAACAGGAGAGCGUCCAAUCGUGAAAACACUGCAUGCUUCUCAGCCGUCACCGGAAAAGGUACAAGAAACUGUUAUGAACGGAUUUCUGCCCCAUCUCAUCAAGUACCUGCACAGCAAGGACGACGAGACGGUGCAUUACCGUAUUCCAGCAGCGGUGACUGCCGUCAAGUUGAUUGCCACAUUGCCCGAGGAAAGAUUGCUGGCCAAACUACCGGGCGUCUUGACGGAUGUCUGUCAUAUCUUGCGCAGUAGGUCACAAGAGUCGCGCGACAUGACGCGAAAGACGCUGGGUGAGAUUGCCUCGCUGCUUGGGCCAAAGUACUUUUCUUACAUUCUGGCUGAGCUCAAAGGUGCUUUGCAACGUGGUUAUCAACUGCAUGUGCUUGGUUUUGCUGUGCAUACCAUGCUUGUCAAGCUUGAAGCAGCACAUGGCUCACUGGAUUACUGUGUCAGCAAGAUUGUUGACAUGCUCAUUGACGAUAUCUUUGGAGAGACUGGCAAAGAGAAGGAAGCAGAUGACUACAUUUCAAAGAUGAAGGAGCUCAAGACCAAUAAGAGUUAUGAUUCCUUUGAGCUUGUAGCCAGUGGCAUCAAGUUGAGCAGCAUGGGUGAAGUCAUAUUCCCAUUGCGGACGCUUUUGGCAGAAACUGGAUCCCUCAAAGUGAUUCGCAAAGUGGAUGAGGUGCUUCGGCGACUGACGCUUGGCUUGUUGAAGAACGAAGCUUGCCACGGCCGCGAUGCGUUACUUCUGUGCUACAAUAUUUACGCACAAACACUGACGCAGACUCAACCUCGAGAAAUCAAGGAGCUCACCGUCACUGAACAGGCUCGCAAAGAUGCAGAAAAGAAUUUUGUGGUGGACCUCAAGGCGCGCAAGCAGUUUAGUAAAAACCACUUUGCUGCAAAUGCACACAAACUCCUCAAGUUUGCCCUCGAGACGCUACGCUCCAUAUUGGGUCGAUUCCCGGACUUGCAAACACCAGAGAACCUGGCAGCGUUUGUGCCGCUCAUUGGGGAUUCAAUGAUGUCUGGCUUUGAGGAUGUGCAUAUGGCUGCCCUGAAAUUGUUGACACAAAUUGUCAAGGUUGAUCUCAAAGAGUUGGACGCAGGGGCGCCAGUCUUCAUUGAACGUGCCGUUGGUUUCAUUCGUGGUUCGCCCUCUACGCAAUCUGAGAUUUGCCAGGCAUCGCUCAAGUACAUUGCUGCUAUACUCAGGGAGAGAAGAGAGGUGCCCAUCAAGGAUUCGGUUUUGGCAUACUUGUUGAUUCGCAUUCGCGCAGACUUGGAAGAACCUGACCGGCAAGGCGUGACAUUUUCAAUGCUGCGUAGCAUCAUGGCGCGUAAAAUCAUGGUGCCUGAACUUUACGAUUUGAUGGACGCAGUGGGCACAAUGAUGAUUACGAAUCAAUCGCAAGGUCCACGAGACAUGGCGCGCAGUGCAUACUACCAGUUCUUACUGGAUUACCCACAAGGCAAAGGUCGACUGAAGACGCAACUCACCUUUUUGGUGAAGAAUGUCGAGUAUGUGCAUGCCUCUGGUCGCAAGUCCGUCAUGGAGUGCCUGCUGCUUAUUGUGCAAAAUUUUGGCGAUUCAGUAUUACAGGAAUAUCUGCCCAUGUUGUUCCUGGCAUUGACAAUGGUGCUGAUCAAUGAUGAUGAAGCGACGUGUCGUGAGAUGGCCGGUGCACUCAUCAAGAAGAUUUUGCUGCGAGCAGAUGAAUCGUGCUUCAAGACGAUUGUGCAAGCACUCAAAUCUUGGGCAUACAACGAUGGUGUGCUCCUGCAGCGCGCUGCGUUCCAAGCGUUUGGUCUGCUGUUUGAAGUGCGGCCGACUCAAGACACACUCAAGUUUUUUGUGGAAAAGUUCACCACUGAAGUUGUUGCUGCUGCCGAAGCUGUCAAGGAGGAAGAGGCAGAUGAUGAGGAAGAUGCGCAACACUGGCAAGUUCUCUUUUACGGUCUCCAAACAUUCGGCAAGUUAUUGGCAGGUGCCGCAACAACCUAUAUUGCAGCGAAGCAUGACAAGCUCUGGCAGGCAAUCAUCCAGCUCAUGCUCUAUAAACACGCCUGGAUCCGUCUAUCCUCCUCAAAAUUGGUCGGCUUGCUCUUCAGCAAUGCGCAAGCAUCCAAUAAGCCAACCUUGCACGCUGGCAAGGAUUUGAUCUUGGCUGAUGUGGUGCUUGUGCGCAUUGCUCGACAACUCUUGAUUCAGCUGCGUUCACCCUUGCUGUCGGAUGAACUCGGUACGCAAAUCACCAAGAACCUCGUCUUUUUGCUCCGCUUUUUCAAUGAGAAGAACACAUUAUUGCCGGUACGAGAAGAUGCAGAAGAGGAUGACUUGCCUGUGAGUGGUGAGACAUGUACUGCUUGGCUGCUAAAACGUGUAGCGACACAAUUGCAAACUGACAGGGAUGUGAAGCGGGAAACAACAACAUUGGUGCGAACACUGCUGCUCAAGUUCCUCGCCGUUGCCAUACAGAUCCUUUCAGCAGAGUCUGUGCAAGAACAUGCUACAUUGUUGGCGAAACCACUGUACAAAUACGCAGAGGCAGAUGUGCAUAAUCCUACUCAAGGAACACUCAAGGAUCUGUCUCAGGAAGUACUCGCAUUACUGAAAGCGAAGCUUGGCACGACCCUGUUUUCACAAGCCUACAAUGCCGUUCGACAGGCACAAGUUGCGAUUCGUCAAGAACGCAAGGAGAAGCGCACGAUUGAGGCUGUUGCGAAUCCUGAGCGCGGUGCACAGAAGAAGAUGAAGGCUGGGCUGAAGAAGAAGGUGAAGCGUGCUGAAGUGGCCAAGGAGCAUAAAUUGAGACGAACCAUGCGGCAGGGAUGA